GUCAGGAGGUCUCCAGCCACCCGAAGAAAUUCACUGUGGCAGAAAUCUACGGAAAAUCGGUAGUAGAAAUCAGUCUGUGCACCCUGCGGUGCAGUAAACCUCUCAAAGAUUAACUGACAAACUGCCUAAAUCGUCGAUAAAUCGCUACAAUAAAAAUUAAAUGAACAAUGACCUCGGAGUGAUCGAAAAGUGCCCAAAAAAUCGUAAACGAACCUGAAGAAGUGAUAAUUUCCCAUCGAGUCAUCGACUAAAAUCGACAGAAUCAUCAUCAUCAGUGAUCGAUCGACAAUCAUUGAUGAGCAGAUGACCUCAGAGUGAUCGCAAAUUUUGACUGAAAGUGACAGAAAUCGAGAGUGUGAAGUUGUCGAGGGGAGAUCAAUAAUUCAAGAUGAGCACGAUGACAGUUCUGUGUCAGUCGAGGGUUAAUUUGGGAGCUUUUGUCCUGGGGGGAGGGUUCAAGUGCUGUUCGAGGGGGUGGCUGGGGCACAGGAGGAUCUCCGGAGGGAAGAGGAGGCUCGGAGCUGCCAUCGGAGCGACAGCUAGUCCUGGCACACUUCCUGGAGCACUCUCCAAGCAGCAGGCGAAGGAACUCGCUGUUAAACUUACUAAUGACGAGCGGACGGUGUUGAUUCAUGCUCUGCAGGAGUGCCAGUCGGAGAAGACCAGGGCGGAGUAUGAGGGUCAAUUGGCAGCAUUUCGCUGGCGGAGUAAAUUCGGCAGACCCAGCAGUGUUCCCACACUGGGAGACGUCGACCCCACUGGGAGUUACUGUGCAGUACCCGACGACUGGCUACUCAAAAAGUAUGUUGAAACAGUACCACAGCCACAACGGAAAGAUCUGAUGAGAGUGGCUGUCGCUAAUGCGAUUCCAUUCAUUGGAUUUGGAUUUCUCGAUAAUUUUAUCAUGAUUAUUGCCGGAGAACAAAUCGAAACAUCGGUUGGUGCUGUGAUAGCUAUAUCUACGAUGGCAGCAGCCGCACUGGGCAAUACAAUAUCGGACAUUCUGGGGAUUGGAUCGGCGUAUUACGUUGAAUUACUCGCGCAAAAAAUUGGAUUCCAACCGCCCAGACUGACACCGAUACAACUCGAUCUGCCCAAAUCGAGAUUAGCAGCUAAUUUGGGUCGAGUUAUUGGAGUAACAAUUGGCUGCAUGUUAGGAAUGACUCCACUCCUCUGGUUACACACGGAGUCCAAAAAAGACGACAAUCCCGCCGAAGAAGACGCAAAAUAAACAAUAAUUGACAAAUAAAAGGGCAUCAACGUUUUUUCGCAUGACUCAGUCAGUCACUUUGUUAAUAGUCGCCACACCCCGAGAACUCAGAUAAUUUAUAAACAAAAAAUAACUUGCUAAGCAUCACGUCCAUGUAAAUGUUUGCUUUAUGUACGUAAAAAUGUAUAUAGUAUAUCCAUUGUUACGAAGAGCGUUGUAGAGUUUCUAAUUAUUAUUAUUUUUAAUAACAUUUUUAUUCAUUUUUACCUUCACUACUGAUUUUGUAACUCCCUCUAGAGACGAGAAUAAUUUUUCUGUGAAUUAGUUGAGAAAAAAAUGAAUAGAAACGACACAUUAGGGAAUUGAAAAGGUAGAAGUGUCCAAUUUAAGAACUUUGGAAGAAAUUGGGAUAUAGAUGAGUUAAUGUGGACCAAGGAAUUGAAAAAUUGUAACAAUAAAAAUUCUAUUGUUUAGUGGAUUGGUAGCGAAAGAUGAGUCUGAAAGAUUUGGAGAUAUGUGUGUAAUUAAUAGAACUGUCUGAGCGAACAUUUUCUCUCGAGAUAAUUGUUCGCAGUACUAUAGAUCGAUAUUUGAACUCAUUUUCUUUGAGAGACGUUACUGUAUUAUUGAAGAACAAAUGCAUUUAUGCCAGUUUUCGUAUUGAAAUAGGGCAGGAAUUGAAAAAUACCUGAUUUAGGCAAUCCUGAAUUUGUUAAACGUACUGUUAAAUUAUGAUUUUAUUGAAAUAUUUAUUUCUGAAAUAAAUGAAAAACAAAA